CAAAUAAUCGAAAAAUUCGACCAAGAAAGAUUACUGGAUGAAGAAAGAGCCGAAACGGGCUUGACAGAAGAAGAAAUUUACGAAUUUACUCGACAGAUUGAUAAGCAAUUAAUAGAAAGGAAUAUUGAAAAUGCCGGUAAAACCAGACUUUCUUCCAUUCACAAAGCCAAAGGAUUAGAAUUCGACUACGUUUUUUUAAUUGCGGUUGACGAAGAAACUCUACCUAGUGAAAACCCGUUAGAAUGGGAAGAA